CCUAAGUGGAAGCUUUGUUUUUUAUAAUCUCUUUUUUCGUCGAAACGACACGUUCUAAGAUCAGACUCUCUCUCUCUCUCUCUCUCUCUCUCUCUCGUUUUCACUCGGAAUCUGAGAGCUAUGGCGAAUCGGCCGAGGAACUCGUUGCUAGCAUUUCUCCUGUUCUUCUUCUUCUUCUUCUCGGCUUCAUGGACCGCCAUCUCCAGCUCAGAAGGACCUUUCAUCGUCGCCCACAAGAAGGCAACCUCUACAAGGCUCAAAUCAGGCACCGAACGCAUCACCGUCACCAUCGACAUCUACAAUCAAGGAUCUGCGACUGCUUAUGAUUUGAGUCUUAGUGAUGGUAGCUGGCCCGAAGAUGUGUUUGACAUUGUUGCUGGUAACACUUCCAUGUCAUGGGAACGUCUUGAUGUAGGCGGUUCUCUAUCACAUUCUUUUGAAUUGGAGGCCAAAACUAAAACAUUGUUUUAUGGUGCACCGGCAAUCAUAACAUUUCGCAUCCCCACCAAGGCUGCUCUACAGGAGGCAUAUUCGACCCCAAUCGUGCCUCUUGACUUGCUAGCGGAGAGGCCCCCUGAGAGAAAGUUUGACUUGGCCAAGGUAUGGUUUUUAUUAUUUCUUUAUCAUUGUUAUAUUUACUAUCCUUAGCACCACUUUUAGUCUCAUGAUGACAUGAUGUGUUAUGUUUGGUGUGCGUGUGCAUGGGGAAAUUAUGGUAUUAAUGGGAUAUGCAAUAAAGUCCAAAGUAGAGAGAAUGAAAGUAUUUUUUGGGUCAAUAGAGAGAGGGGUCAUGUAUUUCCAUCCUAUUUGGCUUAUUAAAUACUAUACAUGUCCCAAAAUGAACUUUACACUUUCCUUUUCCGUCAGUCCCAAAAUAUACUUCACAUUUUCCUUAUUUUCUUUGCAAUGAAAGGAAAAUGUUGCUCACAUCAUAUCUCUUUCUUCCGAACGAAUUUUAACCAUGCACUUUUAUAAAGCGCCCUGAAGUCAAAACAUGAAAUUUAUUUUGGAAUGGAGAGAGUAUGUUUUUUAGCCUUAUGUGGUAUCAGUUUUAAAUUUAUAUCUGUAAUUAGAGCUAUAAGGUAGAUUAAUUACUCCAAGAUUUUUUCAAGAUUGCACAAUUCCUUCAACCUACAUUUGGAAUCUACGAUCAACUUAAACAAUAUUUUUUUGCCUUAUUAGUUUAGCUCUAAUCAUUGGAGAUGCGUGUACCAAUAGAAGCAUUCAAUGUAUUUCAAUCUAAAAAGCAUGAAAAUAGGAAACACUGAAACAUCAUUUUUUUUUAAAUGUAAGUCGCAGCAGAGCAAGGAAACUUGCUAACACACUAGUUCCAUGAUUAUAAGUACUUCGAAUUAAGUAAUGUAGUAAAAAGAUUGAAAGUUUCAACAUCUCUUUAUCUUGAAGGAUUUCAUCAUACAUGCUUUCUUUGACAUUUUCAUCAAAGAAUACGAAUACAAUUAAUUGUGUCCUUGUUAUGGGAAAAUGAAAUCAGCAGUGCCGAAUUGUUUUUUUGGUAACAACGUUGAAAUGUUUGUGUGAGUUUCUCCAGCGGGAUUUGUGUUCAAAUUGCAAAGUACUGUCCGUUAAGUGUCUAUGUGUUGAAAUAAUGGACUUGGGCCCAAUUCAACCCCAAAAGUUAACUCAAGAGGUUGAGGUACCCAAGCUAUUAAAUAACAGCACAAUAUAAGGCUGCAUAGCCGAUGUGGGAUGAACAAGUCAACACGCCCCCCUCACACGAGGCGCAGAUUACUGCGGGCGCGGUCCCAACGUCAAUGGCUUUGCUCUGAUACCAUGUUGAAAUAAUGGACUUGGGCCCAAUUCAACCCCAAAAGUUAACUCAAGAGGUUGAGGUACCCAAGCUAUUAAAUAACAGCACAAUAUAAGGCUGCAUAGCCGAUGUGGGAUGAACAAGUCAACAUCAUCUUUGAUAUACCACGACACACACACUGAGUAAUGUUGUUUGCAGUAUGUAAUGCAUUUUUUUGGGUGUGUGCAGAGGCUUUUGGCAAAAUAUGGUCAGUUGGCUUCAGUGAUAACCAUUGUGGCUCUGUUUGUGUACCUGGUUUCAACCCCGUCAAGAUCUGGUGCUGCGGCAAAGAAGAAGCGCUAAGCAGUGUAUUGGGGUUGACCUGGGGUGGAGUCAACGCACUCGGGAGUUGGGUACAUCCGGAAUGAAUCUAAUGCACCGAUUUGCGUCUCCUUCUAGUUAGAUAGAGAGGUUGUAAUUCACCAGUUAAAAGUUUACUUCUCAAUUUGUAGAACAAUCAAAGCAUUUUGGGCAUCAGACUUUUCUCUGUUCCGUACUCCUUCAAUGUUUUGUAUUUCUCAUCUUAUUUAACAUCUGUGUGACUAUUGCCUCAAAUAGACAAAUAGACAUCUGUGUAAUUUAUAAGCAUCCCAGACAUUGAUGUCCAUUGAGCCAGAAGAUUGGUUUUGAAUAGGUCGAGUGUUGUAGACUUGUACCAAGUGUUAUUUUGCUAGCUAAAACUUGGAAAACAUGUUGGUGUCUGGUGCAAUGUUGAUGUGGAAAAGCCCAAUAUGAUGGUUUUGAGUGUACAAAAGCUCAAUUAAUUACGGUGUGUUAA